AUGGCCGCCCACAAUCCCGCCAUGCCCAACGACGACAUGCUUGAGAAGCACCCCGUCUCGCUGCGGGAAAACAUCGACGGCUCGCAAGAUGGCUCCGGCUAUGAGUGCGAGUUCACCGAGCGGGAACAGAGGAAGAUUAUCCACCGCAUCGACAGGCGUCUGGUCGUGACGGUCGGCGUGCUGUACUGCAUCAGUCUGAUGGACCGCACCAACCUCAGUGCCGCCUCAAUUGCUGGUAUGACUGCCGAGCUGCAUCUCAAGGUCCUCGAAGGAACCAUCUCGCGUUACUCGGUCGUCACCAUCGUCUUCUUUGCUUCGUACAUUGUCUUCCAGCCCCCGGCCACUGUCAUCUGCCGCCACCUCGGACCACGCAACUUUCUCUCCUUCAUCGUCAUUGCAUGGGGCGCCGUCAUGAUCGGCAUGGGCUUCGCCCGCAGCUAUGGUGCCAUGAUUGGUCUGCGAGUACUUCUUGGUGUCCUAGAAGCUGGCUUCUUCCCUAGCUGCGUCUACCUGCUGUCGACAUGGUACACUCGCUUCGAUGUCGGAAAGCGGUACUCGUGCUUCUACAUCCUUGGCAGUCUGGCCUCGGCAUGUGCUGGUAUUCUCGCCUAUGGACUGAUGCAAUUGAAGGGACGCGAAGGUCUCAAUGGCUGGCGCUGGAUCUUCAUUAUUGAAGGUGCACUUACAUGCUUCCUCGGCUUCGUCGGCUACUGGGCCCUCGUCGACUUCCCAGACAAGGCCCACAAAAGCUGGAGGUUCCUGACCGAGCGCGAGGCCAGAUUCAUCAUCGAGCGCGUCAACAGGGAUCGUGGUGAUGCCAAGGUCGAGCCCUGGUCUCUCGCCAAGUUCCUAAAGGGCGGAACCGACAUCAAGAUCUGGGGAUUCGCCAUGAUCUUCUUCAACACCACCACUGUGACCUAUGCUCUCGCCUACUUCCUCCCCAUCAUCCUAACAGCCAACAUGGGCUUCUCCGUUGGUGCCGCCCAAUGUCUUGUCGCACCACCCUACGCCUUUGCCGCCAUCGUCAUGUACACCACUGGCUAUCUCGGCGACAAGUACCACCUCCGUGGCCCCAUUAUCAUCUUCAACAUGGUGCUCUGCCUCGUCGGCCUUCCCAUCAUGGGAUUCCACAGCAACCCCAACGUCCGCUACUUUGGCGUCUUCCUCACCACGGCUGGUGCAAACAGCAACAUCCCAGCCACUAUGUCGUACCAAGCAAACAACAUCCGCGGCCAAUGGAAGCGUGCUUUCUGCUCGGCCAUUCUCGUCGGUAUGGGCGGUGUAGGUGGUAUCGCAGGCGGUCUCGUCUUCAGGGAGCAAGAUGCCCCUGGCUACGAACCCGGCCUGUACGCCUGCAUUGCAUGCUGCCUUCUUUCCAUUGUCCUCGUCUGCCUCAUCACCCUGCGUUCAUGGAGCCUGAACAAGCGUGCUGAUCGCGGGGAGAUUGAGCUCGAGUACAACGAUGACUCCGACCAAAAGGGUUUCAGGUAUACCUACUAAGUCAGUUUCUAUGCAACUAUGGAACAGCCAUGGAUUCUGGGUGUGCAGGUUCAACACACUUGGUCCGUUUUCUCCAUAGUACCCAAAUAUUUACGACCUUUAUGACCCAUGCA